AUGUCUGUGCUACUCUGUUCAGCUUUACUGGCUUGCUGUGUUAUCGGCAUAGCCUCUGGCAAACCUCAAAAGGGCCAGGGACGUAUUACUGCUACUAAGGGUUUGAAGAAACUCACAGUGGGGAUUGUUGGUGACUAUGGAUGGACGGGUUGGAAUCCAGCGAAUGAGUACUUCUGCAACGAGAUAAAGCCCAUCUUUGCAGCCAACAACAUUACGCUUCCUCGGGAAGUGCAGAAGGAUUGCGAUGCUAGUGACAGAAGCGUAAUCCAUAAUGCCACUGCUCUUCAAACGUCUACGUCCAACUAUAUUGGCCAAAUCUGCGCAAUGAAAAACUGCUCAGCCUUCAUCUCCGUCGGUGACAAUUUCUAUGACAGCGGUGUGGAUUUUACUACUACAGGAAUCAACCGCUUCCAAGAGGCAUGGGUGGACAUGUACGCCCAGGGAAUAUUUGAAUACACCCCUUGGUACCAGUGUCUUGGAAACCACGAUAUCGUUCAAGGUCAAGCAGGGGUUGACUUUGAGACGAAGUUGGCCCCUCUGUACGACGAUCGAUGGUACUUUGGCACCGAGGGGUUGCCUUACUAUACUUAUGACCUAGUCGGCCACGACUGGACUGCUACAUUCGUCGUCCUUGACUCUGACUGCUUUAUUGACAAAUAUCAAAAAGACACCUCACCUUACAAUAACAACUAUACCAUCUCUUGCCACCAGGAUACCCAGACGCAAGUGGAUUUCCUCGCGGAGACCUUUGCCAACUCUAACGCCGACUGGAAAUUCUUACAGUUGCAUCAUCCGAUGCUGUCAUCCCACGCCAACUACACCGAGCUCUGGCCACUGAUCUCAGUCGUCGAGCAGCAUAAUGGCGUUGUCCUAAAUGGUCACGAUCACUGUGCUGCGCACUACUAUGGCAAUAACACCAACUUUGUGCUCUCCGGUGCUGCGGGAUUCCCCGAUCUUGUUGACUGCAACUACGGAGUACCUCUCGGCCCCUACGUUAAGUUCCUCGGCUCCAACUCCAAAGCUGCUGCCAAUGGCUUUGUUACCAUGGAAAUAAGCUCCAAGGAGCUGGUCUUUGAGUACUACAUCCGCAACAUGCAGUACGAUGGCGGAGACUUGUAUCCCGUGAAGAACGACAUGCAGCCUUCGUAUUCUUUCAAAGUGAAGGAACACGCCUGGUAG